AUGAGGGUCAAGAGCCUCCUUUUUUCCUUCUUUCUCAUUGUGACGCUCGGGUUUGCGGUCCUGGCGCAAGCCGAGCAGAAGGCGCCCCGAGGACCAAAGAUCACGAAUAGGGUUUAUUUCGAUAUUGAGCAGGGAGGAAAGCCGCUGGGUAGAAUUGUUCUGGGCUUGUACGGCAAGACCGUCCCAAAGACUGCGGAGAAUUUCCGAGCUCUCGCUACGGGAGAGAAAGGCUAUGGCUAUGAAGGCUCUAUCUUCCACCGUGUCAUUAAGGACUUCAUGAUUCAGGGUGGUGAUUUCACCAAGGGCGAUGGUACUGGUGGCAAGUCGAUCUAUGGCAACAAGUUUCCGGAUGAGAACUUCAAGAUUCGUCACAGCAGGAAGGGUCUUCUCAGCAUGGCAAACGCCGGAAAGGACACCAAUGGAUCCCAGUUCUUCAUCACCACCGCCGUGACAAGCUGGCUUGAUGGUCGUCAUGUUGUCUUUGGCGAAGUCCUGGAGGGCUACGACGUUGUUGAGAAGAUCGAGAAUACGAAAACCGGCCCCAAUGACCGGCCUAUUGAGGAGGUCAAGAUUGUCAAGAGUGGCGAGUUGGAUCCCCCUGCUGAAGACCUUUACGGCAACGCUGAGCCAGCCGAUGGCGUUGACUGGCUGGACGCACCCGCAGCAUCCCAGCAGCUCCAUCGUGGAGGCAACAAUGGCACUAAGUCCAUUUCGACUUUAGCCUGGCUGAUUGCUGUUGUGUUCAUCGUCAUGUAUCUGGUCGCCCGUUUCAGGAGAAGAACAAUCGGUAAAGAUGAGAACGCCAUGGCCAAAGGCCUUGUAUAG